AUGAGGACAAGCGGUGACGUUUACGGAGCAGAUGCGGUUUCAACAAGACAGGACGAAAAAAUAUUGUUCAAAGAUGAUGAAGAGAAGCUCCAUGACUCUACUUCUAGCCCGAUGAGAAAUCGCCAAGACGAUUCGAAUACACGACCUGGGGGGUCUCAAAGACUCGUCAAGGAAGAGACUGAUUCUGAUUCUUCUCUUAAGAACACGACCACCACCACCACCCCCAUAAACAAACCAAUUCACUACACAGAUCAACAACAAGCCGAGCUUCUCAGGAAACUUGAUUCUAUUAAAGUUGAACUUCUCAACAAGCCGAAUCAGAUAGUGGUGCUUCUGAUUGGUCCGCCAGGAAGCGGCAAAUCGACGUUUUGUGACACCGUGAUGCGUUCCUUUCUCCGCCCUUGGUCUUGCUUCUGCCAGGACAUUAUUAACAAUGGCAAAGCUGGAACAAAGGCUCAGUGUUUAAAGAUAGCAAUAAGUUCCCUUAAGGAAGGCAAAAGCGUUUUUAUAGACAGAUGCAAUCUUGACAGAGAGCAGCGGUCUGAGUUUGUUAAGCUUGGUGGUCCUAGCAUUGAAGUCCAUGCAGUGGUUCUGGAGAUUCCUGCUCAGAGCUGCAGCUGUUGGUAA